AUGAGGAUCUCAAGUCGUCUCCUUGCUGUCGCCACGGAUGCAGGCGCAUCCAAGCCAUUCCGACCAGCUCCAAUGGCUUUGCUACCACCGAUCCCUUUAUAUCGACGUCUGCUGCGCGCCCACCGGAGAAAACUACCCCGCGAAGAACGCCUUCUCGGAGAUAUGUACGUCAAAUCUGAGUUUAAAGCGCACAAGGAUAUCGACAAUCCAGUUCAUAUUAUCGGAUUCCUCACUGAAUGGCAACUGUAUGCCCAAACGCUGGAGGGCGACGCCUGGAAAGAUGCGAAGAUGGAUAAGACCAAGAUUGACAAGAUGAGUGGUAAGCGCCGUUUACGUGCAAUUCACAGCGCCCUUCUUAGAGCAACCACCUUAACAUUCAAUACAGACCAACAAAUCGGCCAGUUGUAUGAGCUCAUGCAAGCGGUUCGCAAGCAAGAUCUAGAAGAGAAUGACCCUGAGUUCAACCCCCAGAAGAAUUGA